AUUUUCGUGACACUGCACCAAGUUAUACGACAUUGGCUAAUUUAGUCGACGGAGCUAAAUGUUUUUGUUUUCUAACCUUACUUUUUUUAUAACUGAAAUCGUGUACCGCGCCUCCUUUUUAUUCCAAUUAUAUUCUGUAAAAUCAAUAAAAAUGCCAAUAGAUUACCGGCGCAACAAUGGACCAGAAUCCUCUGUUUCCUAUCAACUGCACAAGAAGAUUUACCUCCUGGACUACGAGGAGAAAUUGAAGGUUUUACUGAAAGAAGGAAAUAUUCGCAGGGAUGGAAGAAACCGAAAGGAAUCUCGGAAAAUUUUUAUUGAAAGUGGAGUUGUUAGCAAAGCCAAGGGAUCAGCCUACAUUGAAUGCGGAGAAACAAAAGUAAUUGUUUCAGUCUUUGAUCCACGAGAGAUUCCAAAACAAAGCAAAUUCUCAAUCAAUGGGGAUUUGUUCUGUGACUUUAAGUACUCUCCCUUUGCCAGCAUCCACCGUCGAAGUCAGCAGACAGAUACGGAAGAAAAGAGUCUGGCACAGGCAUUGAAAAGAGCAAUGGAGCCUGCUAUUUGCCGGCACGAAUUCCCCAAUUUCCAGGUGGAUAUUUUUGUGAAUGUCCUACAGGAUGAUGGAUCAGCUCUAGCAGCGGCAAUUAUAGCUUCAGGUUUAGCUGUUGCUAACGCUGGAAUACCAAUGUUUGAUAUUACCACAGCAGCAAACGUUGCCAUCACUGGAGAGAAUAUUUUCAUGGAUCCCACACGAGAAGAGGAAGAACUCUGCCUUUCAAGUUGCAAUCCAGGAGAACAUGGUCUUGUUACACUGGCAAGGAUGUCCACACAUGAGCAAAUAUCGGAAAUCUGGCAAUCCGGAAACAUUAAAACGAAAACACUCCUCACAAUCAUUGACCAUCUCGUGGAGGCUAACAGGAGCAUCGUUCCUAUUAUACAACAAACUCUCAUAGAGCGUGUAUCCAAGUUUAUUGAGAAUAAAAAUCCAUGAGAUCUCAUUCAA